AUGGCGGACAACAAGCACCAUCACCUCAUCACCAACUUGAACGACCAGGGACUCUCGGAGUUUCUGGAUAAUGUGAGGAAGCCGUCCGGACAGCACACGCCUUUUGGAUUCGUCAGCACCAUCUAUGGAAAUUCUUCCCUGCCGCCCAAUUUGACGGCGGAUGACGACAUACAGGAGACACAGAGGUAUCGUGAACAAGGACUCUCGGCGAAUCGCAUCACCGUCGACAACGGCAUUGUGGCCUCCGUGGUGCAAAUCAAACCGUCCAAUCUCGGUGGUUCCAGCCCCAUGCAUCGGACUCGAACGCUUGACUUCGGCAUCGUCGUCGAGGGCGAGGUGGAGUUAACGCUAGACAGCGGCGAGAUUCGCCGGCUAAAACAGGGAGACACAGUGAUCCAGCGGGGAACUAUGCACAAGUGGAUAAAUAUAACGCCAAACUCGGGAUGGGCCACAAUGUUCUUCGUGAGCCUGGACGCGCAGGAGAUCAAGGCUGCAGGAGCAGUGCUUGGAGAGAGCUGGGGUCCUUGA